GCAGGCACGGAGGGGGGCGGAGAGCAGGCCGAGCGGCUUUGGGGGGCACAGCUGGGCAGGAGGAGGAUGGUGGCUGGAGGCCCCUCUCCUGCCCGGACACUGAUGUUCUCCGGAUGUGUCUCCACUGACAGCCCUGAGGGUUUAGAGAACACCCCAGAGAAACGGCCUCCGCAGAGCAAGCGUUUCUGUCCCCAUCGGCCCAUGGUCCUGGCUGGGAGCGAGGAGGAUCUUGGGAAGGAUGAGCCCACAGGGGGAGCCGCCAAGAUGCAGCAGGAGCCAGUGAAAGCAGAAGAAGGGGAGAGAUGGCCACAGGACUGGCGCUUAGGGGACAUGGAGAGCUCAGCAAAGACCAAAGAUGGAGGGAGGGCGGUUUUGGAAAUGGCCAUGGGAGCUGCUCUGCAAGCCAGACGCGGGAAGAAGAAAUCGGGGUGCCUGUGUGGAGAGCCUGCUGCGAGCAGUUCGGAAGCGCCGUGUAUUAAUCUUCCUGUAUGACUCCGGGCCUUGCCCAUUUAUCUGUAAUUUACCUGAGAUGACAAAUCAGAAUUCACCUUCUUACCAGUGCUUAGGAGCCAACCAUGGUCAUGAAGGAUCCAGCCCACUGGCCCGCUGAGUCCUCUGCCACCCACCGCUCUCCCAGCCUCCUCUGCGCUCCCACCUGACAGCCAGGCGCGAUUCAAGGAAUUCCUUCCCUUCCUGCUUCUUUCUAGAAGGAGAAAUGGUAGCUUUUGUGAGUGAGGCUGUAACUACUUCAUCACUCACUGCUUGCCUGGCAUCUUGCCAGGGACUCUGGGAGCUGCCCCUUCAGGCCUGGACUCCUGAGCAGGUUUCCUGGUCGGGCCCCUGGAGGGGGCAUCCCGUUUCCCAAUGUGCUCAGCAGAGAGGCCAGGGCCUGCAGCUGUGGCCAGUACAGUUCUGUGCUUCAUGGUAGUUACCGUAUAGUCACUGUGUAAUGAGCGCCACCUACUGUGUGUCCCCAAAACAUAAUAUAUCUACCCAACUAGACCUAGUAUUUUUUGUGUAAUUGGAUUUCCUACUACUGAUAUUUGUCAUCC